ACCCCUUUUGUAGUCGUAAUUUAGUUCACUUUUUAAAGAUCCUACUUGAGUUUUCAUGCAUGUUGAGAAGUUUCAUCAGAGUAUGUUCACCUCUGUAAGAUUUCUGAUAAUUGCGCAGUGACAUCAUCAGAUUUUUAUUCCAACGGCAAAGAGAUGGAAUUUGGCUGAGAAUCAUUGCAAAUUCACAAUGUUGCUACCAAAAAUGUGCAGUCGGUUUUCAUCUUAUAUGCUGAACACCACAAGAAAACAGAGAAACACAUCUGUUCUGUUAACUCAGUGUUUUUACAAAUAUGGUUCAUUUACAACAGUGAAUUCAUUCAGCAAUCAAGUUACUGCAGCUGGAAAAAGAAAUGUAUACAUAUUCUCCCAAAGAACAUUUCAUGAUUCCUCAAAAGUUUUAAAAUUAUUAGGAACCACACGGCCCUUAAAUCCGCCUGGUAAAGUCAGGAGAAAUAGAAGAAGGUCUGGCUCACAGAGUGGGGUCAAACUGCAAGUAACAGCAUAUCAAACAUCAAAGGAGGACUUUGAUUUUGACCUGUUGGAGCGGAAUUUGGAAAGUCAGAAUCUUUAUAAGGUUUCUGACAUCCCCCCAGAUAUGGAGGAUGUUUUACAUUGCACACCAAUUUAUCCUGUAGAGGAGCAUCAGAAAGAAAUAUUUUUCACUAAACAGGGAUCAGUUGUUUUCUGGGAUGUCCCUGAAAGAGAGAGACAUGAGGUGUUACAGUUCUUGAAAAAUUUGGAUCCUGAGAAUGCGUUUGAUGAUAAAUUCAUUGAAGACGAAUCUGAAAGCAUGAUGGUAACAUUAAGUGAUAAGGAAACAUGUAUCCUGGACAGCAACACCAUAAACAUGAACAAAGAAGUUUACUGUCAGCAGCAGGGACAGCUGGAGAAGUAUGCCUGCUCCAAUGCCCUGAUGCAAUCUUUACACUUAUCAGCAAUGGAAAAACUGUUGGAGGAUUUUAUUGAUGACACAGAACAUCUCUCAAUGGACCUGAAAGCUGGUAGACGGAUUCGUAUCAGACACAGAGAAGUUCAGCAACAUCUUGGCAAAUUAUUUGAAUUCAGGAAAAAUUUGAAUUUGUGCUCUGACCUGCUGGAUACCCCUGAUUUUUACUGGGAUCGGGAUGAUUUAGAAAAACUGUACCUGGAAAUUUGUAGAUUAAUGCAGACCAAAUACAGGACCAAGGUAAUGAACGAGAAGCUGAACUACUGCAUUGAGCUGAUGGAGCUACUGAAUAACAAGUUCACUGAUGCCAGACACACCAAGCUGGAGUGGAUGAUCAUUGUGCUCAUCAUGAUAGAGGUGGUUUUUGAAGUGGUGCACUUGUAUAGGAAUGACUAUGACUGGUUUGUUGGGAUUAUGAAUUCCAAGAAGACUGCUGACAAAUGAGUUGUGGACUGGUGAUAUUACUGGACGAGAUGACAGUGACUGUACACACAGCAUUUAAGUGAUUGUGUACAGAAAGCUGCCAUAUAUUCUUGUCUUAUACAAAUUGGUGUGUGAUAUUGAUAUAAAGAGUUUUUAAUAAAACUUUUAAAGUGUU